AAGGACAUCAUUUCUACGGAAGUUUGUUAGAUUUGCUUUGUCUGAAAAAAAAGGAAGUCAUUGUCCGAUUCGUCUCCGAUUCGCCAAUUCUGUCUCUUUUUCACGAUCUGAAUAACCAACCAAAACACACACCAAGUUUAUGAAAUCUGCUAGAAAAUAAUAAUUUGUUCAUGGCGUAUUCCGGCGAAGUUAAGGAGAAGCUGAAGCUAUACUCUUACUGGAGAAGCUCGUGUGGUCAUCGAGUGCGACUAGCCCUCAGUUUAAAAGGGAUUGAAUAUGAGUAUAUACCAGUGAAUCUGCUCAAGGGAGAUCAAUUUAAUCCAGAUUUCAUGAAGAUCAACCCAAUGGGUACAGUGCCUGCGCUUGUGGAUGGAGAUGUUGUGAUUUCUGAUUCUUUUGCCAUCAUAAUGUAUAUUGAUGAGAAGUAUCCUGAGCCUCCUUUGUUACCUCGUGACCUCCAUAAACGAGCUUUAAAUUACCAGGCUGCGAGUAUUAUCUCUUCUGGUAUACAGCCUUAUCAAAAUCUACCUGUCAUUAGGUAUAUCGAGGAAAAGACAAAUGCUGAAGAGAAAAUUGUUUGGAUCAAUAACGUUAUCAGAAAAGGUUUUACCGCUCUAGAGAAACUGUUGGUGAAUUGCGCCGGAAAAUAUGCGACUGGUGAUGAAAUUUACUUGGCUGAUCUUUUUCUAGCAACCCAAAUCCAUGGAGCAAUGAUCAAAUUCCAGAUUGAUGUGGAACCAUACCCGAUCCUCGCAAAGUGUUACGAGGCAUACAACGAACUGUCUGUGUUUCAAGAUGCAAUCCCAGCGAAACAGCCAGAUGCUCCAUCUCCAGCCAAGUUGAUUCUAUCAUCGUCUUCACUCCAUUUCCGCGCGAAUUCAGGCUCGGAGAAGAAGGAGAAGCUGAAGCUCUACUCUUACUGGAGAAGCUCGUGCGUACAUCGUGUCCGUAUCGCUCUCGAUUUAAAAGGGCUUGAAUAUGAGUACAUACCAGUAAAUUUGCGCAAGAGAGAUCAAUUAGAUCCAGGUUUCAAGAAGAUCAAUCCAAUGGGCACUGUACCAGCGCUUGUGGAUGGAGGUGUUGUGAUUUCUGAUUCUUUUGCCAUCAUAAUGUAUCUGGAUGAGAGGUAUCCUGAGCCCCCUCUGUUACCUCGUGACCUCCAUAAACGUGCUGUAAAUUACCAGGCAGCGAGUAUUGUUUUGUCUGGCAUACAGCCUCAUCAAAACCUGGCUGUUAUGAGGUUAAUGGAGGAAAAGAUCAGUGACGAGGAGAAAACUGUGUGGGUCAGUAACGCUAUCACAAAAGGAUUCACAGCUCUCGAAGAACUUUUGGUGAGCUCUGCUGGAAAAUAUGCGACUGGUGAUGAAGUUUACUUGGCUGAUGUCUUCCUAGCACCACAGAUCCACACAGCAGUCAACAGAUUCCAGAUCAACAUGGAACCGUACCCGACUCUUGUAAAGUGUUACGAGUCGUACAACGAUCUUCCUGUGUUUCAAAAUGCAGUCCCGGAGAAGCAGCCAGAUGCUCCUGCUUCCACGAGCUGA